AUGUUGGUCAGAAUGGAUCGUUGCUCCGCGCUGUCGCCGUCCACGCCUAGCAGCCGAGGCAUGGACAAGUACGAGCAGUUGGCAGUGGUUGGCGAAGGCUCGUACGGCGUGGUGCUUAAAUGCCGACGCCGGGACACGGGCCAGCUCGUCGCCAUCAAGAAAUUUUUGGAGACUGAAGAGGAUGCCGCGGUCCGAAAAAUGGCGCUCAGGGAGAUUCGGAUGCUCAAAAAACUCCGUCACGACCACUUGGUGAACAUGAUAGAAGUGUUCCGCCGCAAGAGACGCUUCUACCUGGUGUUCGAGUACCUCGACCAUACACUGCUGGACGAGUUGGAAGCGGCUCCAGGUGGACUGGGCGAGGACACUGCCAAGAAACACCUGUACCAACUCCUGAAGGGCAUUGACUACUGUCACCAGAAUUCUAUAAUCCAUCGUGACGUGAAACCAGAAAACGUCCUAGUAUCAAACGCGGGUAUAGUGAAGCUGUGUGACCUUGGGUUCGCGCGCGCCCUGGCAGCGCCCGGCGAGCCCUACACGGAGUACGUCGCUACGAGAUGGUACCGUGCUCCUGAACUACUCGUUGCAGAGCACAGGUAUGGUCCCGAGGUAGACAUUUGGGCAAUCGGUUGCCUGUUCGCGGAGAUGUUGACCGGUGACCCGCUGUUCCCUGGAGACUCCGACAUCGACCAGCUCGCGCUUAUUAUUAAAACUGUCGGUAAACUAGCUCCCCGACACCAGCAAGUAGUAUCCCGGCUGGCAGGCGGCGCCGCGCUGUCGACGUCAGGCGCGGCAGGUCGCGGCCUGCUGCCGGGCGCGGGCGCGGCGCGGGACUUACUGGCCGCGUGUCUGCGGACCGAGCCCAGGGCCAGGCCCGCCGCACAGGCACUGCUUAGACAUAAAUACUUCAUUGCAGACAAUUUUGUAGAGAAUUUCAACGCUGAACUGAGGAAGAAACUGGGAAAAGAGAUUGAUGCUCCACCGUCGCAACAGAGCACGGCCCGUGUCGCAGGCAAGCCGCGACAACAAUGGACGCUCAACAUUAUACCGGACCAAAGCAGGUCGCGGACGGACAGUACGGCAGGCGAAUCGCUCAUUGACUACCAUUACACUCCCAAUACAGAAGUCCAAAUGGAGACAGGUCCGAUUGAUAAGAAACCGCUUCGCGGACUCUGCGAGCCUGCGCAUGAAACUACACACUCAGACCACGGUGGACAACCGGGAGUGACGGCGCUGCCCCCCGCGUCCCGGCCCGCGCCACCCCGCUCACUCGCCCGGGCCAUCAACGACACGUUCCAAACAUUCCCUGUGCCAGUCAACACGUACCCGAGAACGCCAUACAUCAAGAAAGUGAACAACAAGUUAGUAAUGGACGAGGAGCUCCUCCGAGGUCGUGCGGCCGCGAAGAAGGGCAGCAAGAAGACCGCGCCCGAACUGUCCCUGCCUUACAUGCCGGGGGGUAAGCAGUGUAACAGGACUGGAGGGAACAGAGCAUCGAACAGUCCAGUGAAGAAAGCAAAGAAGCCGCUCCCCGCGUACCAGACCAUGUCCAAAGCAUACGACAACUGGGACGGUGUUCGUAGCGGCAUGGAGCUGACGUCGUCCAGAUCACCGACAAACCUUCCCUAUAUGUGA